AACAAUAACCUAUUCAGAUCCGUUUGUCGUCGUUAAUUGUCGCAAGUGAAAAUCGUCUUGGGGCGAAAGCGUUACGCGGCGCGGGUGCGGAAAUGGCUGAGGAAGCGCUUGACAAAAGCGAAUUUUUACUCGAAGAAGCCGCCGAGAGCGAAAUCUCAUCUCUCAGAAACAGAAAAGUCAUCGACUGUGCUAAAGAAACAUUGGAAAAUGCAUCAAAACUUCUCAGAAGAAAGAUUCCAUGUACUGGCCAUUUUAUGACACCGAGAAAGUUAUGGAUACAAACAGUACCAACAAGAGAAUGUGAUGUUGUUAUUAUGUUUCCAAAUGGUGCUCAAGAUAACACGUUGAUGUGGCUUCUGUCUCGACUUCGUGCUGGUACUCCAGGCCUGGUUGUACAUGUCAGACAUCAUGCUUCUUCUCAUAGUUAUGGAUUUUACCUGACAGCUCCUUUCAAUGUGCUUUUAAAAGCAGCUGAAGAAGUGCACCUGCCUAAAAGUUUGAAAUCAGGCCAUGGUGGUGGUUUGAAAGAAUUUGUCCAAGCUGAGGCAGAUUAUUUCGAAGGCAUCGAAGAUAGUGAAACAUUUUUUUCUACUCAAGAAAGACAGUAUUUGGUUUUACAUCUACUUCAAACCCUGAGGGCGUCUGAUGGUGAUACUCUAUCCGGUCUGAAACUUAUCGAUGGCCAGCCAAUAAUUCCAAAAUGUGAAUCAGCCGGUAUCAUAUCUCAAGUGUUUCCUCUUCAUGAUCUCGAUGUUUUAAAACAAUUGCAAAACAAUUGGGUCCGAGCUUUUUUUAAUAAACAACCCUUGGAUUGCAUCAGUAAUUACUUUGGUGUUAAAAUUGCAAUGUAUUUUGCAUGGUUAGGGUACUACACAGCUGCACUUAUCGUGCCUGCUGUGGUUGGUUGUGCAUUUUCUAUUGGAUAUGGAAAGUGUGACCAGGCUACGGAAGACAUAGGCUUUGUUGUGUUCUCAUUUUUUAAUGUUUUAUGGUUUAGUGUAUAUUUGGAAGCGUGGAAACGGUAUUCAGCUGAGCUUGCAUAUAAGUGGGGAACAUUAGAUCAGAGGGAUGAACUGCUUGUUGAACCACGGCCAUUAUUUUCGGGCACUUUAGAAAUUAGUCCUGUCACUGGGAGAUUGGAACCAUUUUAUCCACCAUGGAAACGCUACAUGUUCCGUUAUUUUGUUUCAAUACCAAUAAUCGGUUUGUGUCUCAUCAUUGUGUUUGUAAUAAUGAUGCUUAAUUUAAAACUUCAAGAUUGGUGGGACCGUCAAAUUGAGGAUAGAGGAUAUGCAUUUUGUCUUAGUUAUUUACCAAAAAUAAUGCUAGCGAUUGGCAUUACUCUUCUUGAUGAGGCAUACUACAAAGUUGCUUGCUGGCUCAAUGAUAAAGAAAACUACCGGCUUGAAACCAAGUAUGAAAAUCACCUCAUCGUUAAAGUCGCAUUGUUCCAGUUUGUCAACUCAUUUUUAUCAUUGUUCUACAUCGCAUUCUACUUACAAGAUCAAGAAAAGCUUAAAGAACAAUUAGCCGCACUUUUGAUUGCCCGCCAAGUCAUCGGAAAUUUGAAAGAGUCAGCUCUGCCGUACUUCAUGGAACAGCUUCGUUUAGCCAAGAUGAGCUUUGAAAUGUUCGGUGCCUUAAGUCCGUCGGACGCUGAAAAGAAUACGGAAAAUCCAACGGGUAAUCGUAACGUGAGCCAAGCUGAAUUAGAAAGUUCACUGUUUAAGUAUGAUGGGACAUUUGCUGAUCAUUUGGAAAUGUUCAUUCAGCUGGGAUAUGUUGUUCUGUUCUCAUCUGCGUUUCCUCUUGCUGCACUAUGUGCUCUUAUUAAUAACUUAGUUGAAAUGCGAAGUGAUGCUUUUAAACUAUGUUUUAUCUUUCAAAGACCAUUUGGAGAACGGGUCCCCAACAUAGGAACUUGGCAGAACGCAAUGGAAGUAAUGGGACUUAUUGCAGUUCUUGUUAAUUGUGCUCUGAUUGGCUUGUCAGGACAGGUUCAAAGAAUGUUUCCUGAAAUGUCGACUACCCAAAAUAUAUUACUAAUCGUCGCUUUAGAGCAUGUGAUGCUUUUGUUACGGCUUAUUGUGAAAGUGGCAAUCCCCGAUUUACCUGAAUGGGUGGCUACUGAAAUGGCCAAAGUUGAAUUUGCUAGACGAGAAGCGAUGAGAAAACUGAGCUCGACCGGCUCUCCUCCUCUUCAACCUACCAAUCAAGAAAAUUCACCUACUUCCGUAAAAUCCAUAGGAAGAUUUGUCGUAUCAGCCACCGCUUCUACAGUUGAAGAAACAUUACCAGAGCCUGAAGAAGUGCAGCCUGAUGUUAAAUCAAUUGAUAGAGAAAUAAGCGAAUCUGAAAGUAGUACACCACAAAAACCUAAACUUUUGCCAUCAAACAUAUGGGAAGGUGAUCCUCCUUCUUACCAUAUGACAGUCGGUCCCCAUAUCGAUUGGGUAGAAAGACUUGGGCUAGAUGUCGGUGUAAGGAAGAGCAGUGAACCGGAUAUGGGAGGAAUUCACCGGAGUACUGCUACAGUCACAUCUCAUAAAGAUGUGUCAUCCGAUUCGGAUCUUUUACGGUCAGUUCAGCCUUGGCCUCCUCAAGCAUUCCAAUUAAAUACUCCAGCGAAGGUACCUGCUGAAGCUGCGGCCAUAGAGGUAGCAUCUGAAGAAGGUGAUUUAGCUGCAAAGAAACUCAAAGUAAAGCAGAGUUUGAUGAAAAGAGCCCGGAGCGUAGCUAUUUUUUCACUCAAGCUUAAAGAAAAGCGAGCCGCCGCUGAGGCGAAGGAGAAAGAAAAAUCAAAAGAAAAAGAAAAACCGUCCGUUGCUAAACCAGAACCUGUGGAACACGCUAGUGGUGAACUGUCUUACAUACCAAUAGAAAAACUAAUAUCUGUUGAUGAUGUGGCCACUACAAGGAGAAGAAAAAUAUCAUCUUCUACCAAUAACUAAUGUAGUAGUUAUUUUUGUAAUUGUGCUUCUUAUUAUUUCCAUUAUAUUAUAAAUAAUAACAAUUAAUGUAUUCUAAUGUCGCCGUGUCAUUGUGUUGAAUGCCUCUUUUUCUUUGGUUUCAUCAAUUAAUUUGAUUUACCUUUGUUUUGAUGACAAUCACUUUUGAGAUAAAAGUCAAAACAUUGUGAAUCGCAAUUGAAAAAUCAUUUUUAAGGUGUUGUGUAAAUUUUAUUAUUUAUUUUGUUAAUAAUAAUUAAGUACCCUUGUGCAACAGUAUUGUCAACAUUGAUAUUUGAGUAGUGUAAACUAAGGAUGCUAUUGUUAGUACCAACGUCUGACAUUGUAAAAUAGACAUAAAUUCACAGUAUAUAAAAAAGAAAUUCCCUCUGAUAGGUGGGAUUGUGCUAAUGAAGUAGAAGCAUUGCACUUAGUGCUUCAAGCAGAAUGCAUUUUAAAACGUGAAUGUCGACGUUAAAGCAAACGAUAGGGUGCAACUGUAAAAGACUGAAAAUCAUACCUAUAGAUUCCCAAAUAGUAGGCCAUCCAACAUUUCUUCCAAAUUGACAUUUUGAAUUGUUAACUAUUUUUAUCAACCAUUUUUGUCUUGAUUUUUGUUUAUACAGUCAACAAUUUUACCGAAUAUCCAUGAAUGAACUGUUCCAAGUGGUUUUGUUGGAAAGAAAUCAAUGUUCUCGCCGCUCGUUCUUUAUCGUGUUUUCUCUGAUAAAGGUUACCAGUGAGCAAGAACUGCCAACAAAUAAAGAUAUAUUGUAAAACAGUCAUUUUUUUGGAUUUAACAUCAUAACAUUAAUCCAAGUAUCUUUUGUAACUGCAACUAGAAAAUUGUUAUAUAGUAUGUAAUUAUUCUAAAAUAAAAUAUAUUAUUACUAUUACAAUGUUUAUAAUUAAUUUAUUCAAACCAUUUGGUAAUUACAUUCAGUGAAAAAUAUUGCAUAAAUUUCUCUUUAACGAGAAGUACAACUUAAUAAACAAAAGUCAAUAAUAAGAAACCAAAUUAUUAAAUAAUAAAAGAACAAUACAUAAGAUUACAACAAAUAAAUAUAAUUUUCAUUUCAGUGUGGAAAAUGCUUCAUUAAUCGGAUUUUCAUUUAAGACAGUUUAUACUGAUACACAUGUACACUUGAGCAUUUACUCAAAAAA